GACAGCCCCGUGAGUCCACAGAAGACCCGGGAUGCUUACUCAUGCCUAGGGAAGAGGGUGGAGAAGUCCAUUCGACUAAAAGGGAUGGAAACUGUUUUGAGCUCUAAAGGAAGACGUUAUUGCUGCCAGGCUUCUGGGAUGCUCAUGAAGAGGUUUGCCAGGUGAUGUGGAGGGGCUUCAGGUACAUGAAGUGUGACAUUUGCAUGAAAGAGUCGUAUAAUCCCUCAGCACCGCUAUCCCUUGCAUCUUAUAGUAUGCAUGUUACAGGUGCUAAGGCAUCGAUGCACGCCCUCCUCAGCUGCUAGCAUCACAUUUUCUCCUUGUCUGUUAUCCCAUGGUUGUGAGCUACGGAUUCAGAUCUGUGGCUCUGUACAUACUUGGGAGGGAUUGCUGUUUGCAGCUCCAUGGGAAGCAUACAAGGCAAGUUAACCUUGGUUUCAAGCCUUCUUAAGCCUUAGAACUAUGUUUCCCAUCUUUUUCCUGAGGAGUUUGGGGGUGGCCUGGAGAGGAGAACUCAGGGGAUAAGCACAUUUGAGAAUUAUUGAUUUAAUCUUUAAUCGUAAACAGAUCUCUACAGUUUAGUAUUCCUCAUAGACCCUGCAUGCCAAUGUACAUCAGAGAUCUUUAAAAGGGGCCUGAAGAAGCAGGUGUUCCUGCCUGCCCGUGAGAGCUGCUCUGGCCCUGGCUCUGCCUCCGUCCCGGCUUCCACAGGCUCCUGGCUGCCACUUAUCUGUCCCCUCAGCUCUCUGCCCCCUUCCUGCCCGGAUGUCUGCCCACCUCUGCCUGAUUUCAGCUCGUGUGGGGGCUUCCUUUUAUUUCAAUUUUCUCAUGUAAUAAUCUUAUCCUGACAAAUGCUAGAUAUUUAUUUCUGACAUGUCCCCUUUGGCUUUUCGUUUGUGUUUUAAAGUGUGAUGAUUUUUCUAGCGAGUUAAUUUAGUUGUGUGACAUCACCACGAUCCAAUUUGAGAACGUGUUCAUCACCCCGAAAACUACAGAAUGAGCACAAGUCAUGGAGAAAUAGAGGUGGAUUUCCCAGUUCCCACAGCCCCUGGGGCUGGACCCAUAUGUCUCCUUCCUCGGCCCCCUCUCCAGGCUGACCGUGGUUGGCAACUCCCAGCGGAGCCCUGGAGCCUCAGAGGCAUCUCUCUGUAAUUCGCCCAGUCUUCACCGAGUGAUCUCGGGCCCAGUCCCCGGAACCUGGAAAGGGGCAGGAGCAAAUUCAGCGUCCAGGAUGUUCACUGUGCCCAGGGCCUUGGAAGAGGCCCUUUUUCAGCACUUCAUCUACCAGAAGAUGGAGAUCGCAUAUGCCAUACACAAGCCAUUUCCCUUCUUGGAAAGCCUCCGAGACAAAUCUUUCAUCACCAACAGAAUGUACAAGGAAUCUCUGGAAGCCUGUAGUAAUUUGGUCCCUAUAUCCAGAGUGGUGCACAACAUUCUCACCAAACUGGAGAAGACCUUUAGCCUGCCUCUUCUGGUGACACUGUUCAGCGAAAUUAACCUGCGUGAAUACCCCAAUCUGAAGACGAUUUUCAAAAGCUUCAAAAGUGUUACCAAUUCCUAUGGACAGUGGAGCAGAGCCACACCAAGCCUACUCGAAGUGCCACCCGGCCCAGCAGAAGGGCGCUCCCUGCAGCCCCUGCCGCUGCUGCCCCCACCGCCACCCCCUCCACGCAGCUGUCCACACUGUGUGUCCAGAGGCAGCGAGCCCGGGGCAUCCUCGCAGCAAAGCCAUGAGACCCCGGGCGGCCCACCCAGCUCUUCUGACCCCGCCGUGUCUCUCCCUGGACUCAUGCAGGAAGGAAGGAGAACUGCAGUGACCCAUGACAACUUAACAUCCAAAAUGAAUGAGCAAGAGGACUCACGCAAGAUGCCCAGCCCUGCCCCUGACACUGUACAAGUGUCCAGUGACAACCUGACCCCUCAAAUAAAAGAUGAAGAAGACCCUCAGGAGAUGCCCCGCGCUCCCUCAGGCCCGACGCCAGUGGUAAGAGAUGAAUCUCUGGAAAGAAAUGACCCAAAAGAGCCCCAGGAGGUAUUCAUCACACCUUCGAAAAAGAAAGGAAAUAAAAGAAAAAGAAGUAUCUGGUCCACUCCAAAAAAGAGACAUCAGAAAAAAAAGCUCCCAAGAGCUUUAUCUGGGCAGGACACUCAAGAAAAGCUCCAAGUGGUGGAUCAGAUGGCUCAAAGGAAGGAUAACUCAACCUGCAACUUGAAGGUAGUGACAAGGGCCCAAAAGACAAGAACUAAAUGUGCCCAAACGUCCAGAUCAAAGGAGAUCACUGAUGGCACUUCAGAAAUGAAUAAAAGGAAGAAGUCCCAGGCAACACCUAGCACACCACCAACGGUGACACAAGAAAAGAGUAUAAAAAGAUGGUCAAGUCCAAGAAGAAGACAGGAAAAAAGUCUCCCAAGAGGGGCAACUUCACCUGGACAUGGCAUCCAAGAAAAGCUCCCAGUGGCGGGUCAGGUGACUCAAAGGAAGACCAACAACUCAACCUACAACUCAAAGAUCAUGACGAGGGCCCAAAAGGCAAGAUUAAACGAAAAACCUAAGGAAGAUGCUAUGGAUUUUCAGUGUCCUAAUCUUCCCGUGACCUGUGGUAAAGAGAAAGGGAUGUUACAUGUGGAGAGAAUGAAACUCGGACCCUCAAAGAAGUGCAUUCAGAAUGAGGAGGGAGUUCGGCUCACGGCAAAAGAAUUUGAAAUUAAAGGAAAAGGGAGAAACACAGAGGACUGGAAGCAGAGUGUGAGGUGCAGAAGAAAGAGCCUAAGACAGAUGCUGAAGGAAUAGAUCUCGAGAGAGAGGCAAAUAGAAGGGGAGUUUCCACCACGUUCUCAGUCGGCAUGCCGCAGCCGCCCACGUGUGAAGGCUCGACUCAGAGUCCCUGUGUUCCCGGCGCCAAGUCGUCUUCACGUGUGGGAAUGGCACUUUCCUAACGACCGCUUUAGCAUACUGUUACCUGUACAUGCCACCAUCAUUGUCAUAGUUAACUUGGGAUGGGGAAGCAAAUGACUCUUUAAAAUAAAAAUUAGAACAAAA